CCUCUCCCUCCAUUUACUUUGAGUCACUUCUGCAAAAAGGAUAUUGGAAAGCAUGAAAGUCGAAACUGACUAUCUAGUUGUUCUGUUGAAUUUAGAAGAACACGGCCACAGUUAUUUUGAAUCUGGAAGCUGGCUAGUAAUAAUGAACUCAUUCAUUUUAUUGGAAGACUAACUUCAGUUUUCUUACGACAUUGAAGUUGUGUUUUGAUUUGGAAAGCAUUGAACUCACCACAGUUACUUUGAACUGGCGGAGGGCUCCCCCUGGAGGACCGGCGUCGCCUGAAGACUGGAGUAGCAAGAGUCCUGGGAGAGAGGAGUGGCAGACAAGCAAGGAGUGCGGGGGGUUCCCUGAGAACGUGGUGUGAGCCCAAAGCUGCAAGGUCCUGGAAAAUGUCACUUCUUUGGGAGGAACAGGACCAACAUACCACUCAUCAACCUGAAAGGACACAGGCGGCAGACGCGCGGAUCUCUGACUGUAUCCACAGGAAACAGACCUACCGGUAAAUCCUCCACCUGUCCAGAAUGGAUCCAUCCGCCAGCAGAUAGAGACCGAAUAUAGAUCCUGCAGUGAGGCGGAAGAACACAAAAGGUUGGAAGAAGUAUACUGUACACACUGCCAGGAACAGCAGUCACUGGAAGCUUCCCUCCUCAUCUGUCUUUUCACAAAAUAUGUCCCGGAGAGGAUCAGAGGCAAACAGAGGAAGCACCAGCCACCGAGAGGAAUUCAAGGUUGUUAUUGUAGGAGACAGGGGCUGUGGGAAAACCGCACUACUCAAGGUUUACACUACAGGAGACUUUCCAGAGGAAUAUGUCCCAUCUGUGUUUGACACAAGCGUUGUAAAUUCAAGGUACAGAGGGCAAUAUUUUCGGCUCCAUCUCUACGACACAGCAGGUCGAGAGGACUACGAUCGCCUGCGGCCUCUCUCCUACAACAGUGUUGAUGUGGCGCUGAUCUGCUACGACAUCAUGUGUCCCGAAAGCUUCGAUAAUGUCUUUGUGAAGUGGUACCCUGAGGUCCACCAUUUCUGUGACGGAGUGCCCAUCAUCCUCGUUGGGUGCAAAGCAGACCUACGAAAAGACAAAGUCCUGAUGAAGAAGCUCUGGUCAUCGGGCCAGAAUGCCGUCACAUAUCUCCAGGGAGAAGAGGCCAGGAGGAAACUUGACGCCGUGCUAUACGUCGAGUGCUCAGCCAAAUACAGGGAAAAUGUGGACGACUUAUUCAGAGAAGCAACAAAGCGAGCGCUAAUGGAGACAAGAGAGCCAGAACAAGUCAGACAGUGUGUCAGUGUGUGUGCUUUGCUUUGAUGCAUGCUCGUGACUGAUUGACUGAAGUGACACCAAUGUCCGCAGACAUUUCCUGUGUGGUUUUACUUGUGACUUUAUCAUUUAUACAGCGCAUGCAUGACACUUUAUUCUUAACUGACAUAUGGUAGACACAAUAACAAAACAUACACAGUAUGUAGCAUGAUAUAGCAUAUUUAUCUGUAUAUACUUAUUGUAUAUAAUUUUAUUACAUUCUUUUGACUUUAAUUUUUAAUCUCUUCUUGUGCCAUGUGUCAUCAAGUCAAACUCCUUUGUACAUUGUACAUUUGGCAAAUAAAAUGUUUUUUUAUUUCAUAAACUAUCUUUGUUUAGUUUCUACACAUACAGCUAUGCUACAGCUAUUGCCAGCAUGGUAGAAAAAAGAUACAGAUAAAAUAUUUAUAUAAGAACACCCAAAUCAUCACAGAUGUGUUUUAUUCUCAAACAGGCAACAACAACAAAACAUCCUGGUGACUUGUAACAGUAAAAAGCUGCAGCUUCAAGCAAAUGUACAAUACAGUAUUUUCUAAAAAUUCUCUUUUAAGCUAUGCAUUGACACACACAGUGGAACCUGUCUAUAUACAGUAAGAUACAUGGGGUUAAAUAAAUAAACCACAAAAUGAACCAAAGAAAAAUGGCUUUGUUUGCAUUUUCAAAAAAGGCACAUUUGGCAAUUCCCAAGUGUCACAGAGUGUGUGAAGUUGCCCUGAAGCUACUUAAUGUCAAUCCUUUUCUCAACUCUUGAAAUCAUACCAUACAGCAUUUUUCAGGUCACUGUUUUCACACUCACAAAUUAAAGGUGGAGAAAAAUGAUUGUUUAGUCUCAUUCCCAGGUAGUCAAACAGAGACGCUUUGGCUUGGCAGGCCACCAAACCAAAGCAUCAGUAUCUUUCUCCGGAAUUGCUGACGCCCAAGAGUGGCAGGAAAUAAUUAACCAAUAAGAAAUUACAGGCAGAGAGCAGAGUCUCUGUAAAUAUAUCAUCACACACCUCUAGCAGGUCAUAUGUGAUGACAGAGAUGGGUUGUGUUUGUUUUAGUCCAUAUAUUGUUUUAAUUCUUUUUAGGAAAAUCCUGCAGAGUAGACCUUUAAAAAAGUCAACAGUCAACACCAGCAGUCUGUGAGAUAUGAACAUCUAAUAGCUCCUUGUCUUGUGCUACAUGUCACAGAGAUAUCAGCAUCUGGUAUUGUACAUUACAUUGAACAGAAUAUAUAGGGAAUACAAGGGUAAAAAGGACAAAUGUCAUAUUACCAUAAUGACCACAGCAUAACCUUGAUAGAUACAGUUUGUAACAAAAAUCAGUUAUGAAAAAUUGAGCUCUUGUUCCUAACAUUGAACAUUUUCGUACUAUUUUUUUUGCCAACCAACGGCCAAAUAACAAUGUAGACAUUUUUCUCAUAUAUUUUAAAUCCCCCCCCCCCAACAUAUUUAGUGGACAAUAUUAAGCAAUAUGAUACAUGACACAACACGUGAUAGAACAACUGAUGAUAACAAACUGUCAUCCAGCUCUUAGUAUGUGCACAUUUCUUCACUUGAGCCUGUACAGAAUUUUUCUGUCAAUGUUAUAGUAAAAGACAGUAAAGAAAAAGUAAAGGAAAUGGUCAAACCAAAGUAAGGCAGUUCAAUAACGUACCACAGGAUCCUAUAAUCCACACUGUCACAAUGUAGAACCUAAAUAUUGUGACCGUGCUCAAGCCUGUAAACAAACUACGAGUACAAAACAAACCAAACCACAACAUAUCCAAUAUGUGCAUGCUGUGCAAUAAUACAUUCAACAAUACUUCUUAAAGCCAGUAACCGUUUUCAUGGAUUACAGUGUAUCUGAAUUGCAAAAGUAACGUGAGACCAAGCAAAUUUCUCAAGAUUGAUUAUACAAGAGUCAUCAGAGAGAUGACAAAUGGGUUCUUGAUUCCACCAUCGGGCUCAUUUUGAUUCUCUCUUGCCAUAAAAAAAAAAAAUAUAUAUAUAUAUAUAUAUAUAUAUGUGCACUGCAGUAACACACUUCAGUUAAAACCACCCCCCUGACCAGGACUCCGAUUGCACACAAAUACUGCUGGAUUUUAAUGUGAAUAUAUUUAUGUUUUAUUCAAUACCAUAACAAUUGUGGUCACAAACCUCAAUUUUUGCAGGUUACCAAAAAUGAGGAUAAUGCUUACUGUUCAGAACACUAACACCAUUUAACUAAGGGGCAAACAUUUGGCACAACCUAAACUGGUAACUACAAUCAGAAGUCCAGUCCAGUGAGUAGGGGUGUGUGUGUGUGUGUGUGUGUGUGUGUGUGUAUCCAACAAACCAAAACACUGAGGCCUCAUCAUUCUUUUAAAGGAAGAAACACAUCUUCCAUCGCUGACUGAAAACUGAUCCAUUGAAAGUGCACCUUGGCCUAUAAAAGCAAACUCUGUCUGUCUCUGUCUCUUAUUAUUUCCAAAGGUUUAGCAUAAUAGCUUAGUGCUACAUAUUUUAUCAUGUGAGUCAAUGUUUUUGCGUGACUCUUGCCGUUUUUGGGUGGUGUCCUGAUUGAAUGCACUUAGUUUAUGUCACUUCAGAUAAAAGCACCAGCUAGAUAAAUAGACAUAACUCGUUCCAUAACUUUGGGUUCAAAGCACACGGAUGGUGAUUCUAACAUGAUAUUUCACACAGACAAUUAACAUUUUGAAGAUGAACAUCUGCAGUGAUAAUAAAGGCUUGGUAAUGCUCCUUCCAAAGCUGAAAUUAAAGCCAGGCAAGUCUGAGGAAAGGAGAAAUCGAUGUUAACCCUCCAUGGCACAGCAUUAAGGUCAGGGGUGGAUGCAGCAGUGGUGAUGAUUUAUAUGGUAGGCCUGUACCGCCAUCAGCAAAGCAGAAUAAACUGUGAGUCGUGUAAACUACCGGUACAUAUGGGAGAGCCCAGACAGGGCAGCACCACAAUUUGUCUACCUGAGUCAAAAACAGACUUUUAAAUUAAUUUUCUUGUUGCUGUUGUCCUUUUGUUCUGAUAAGUCAAUCAUUCCACACAUAAGAGUUCUUUUGUUUUUAACAGAUAAAAAACAACAUAUUUUUCAUUGUUCGUGGCUUUAACUUCAUAAAAAAUGUGGGUAUCCCUUAAAUUUCCAAUACAAACACCCAAUGUAUAUAUGAAGUCCUAAAACUGAAAAUAGACAACUUUUUGGCUUUAACGCAUCAUUUUGACAUAAAUACAGGUUGCACAGUGUAAUG